UAUGGCCGUGCUGUAUAGGUGCUCGGGUCUAGUGUGGUGUCAGGCCCUAGCUGAGACUCGGACUGGCUGCGGCCGGCGGGCGGUUGUCCUCAAGUUGGUAGCCACGGCCGGUUCCGAAUCUCUAGUACGGCACGGGCCAAGCGUGGUAUCGGACGCGCGUUGAACGGCGCGCGCAGUGACGCGACAACACAACAUUUCGUGGACAAGUGUCAGACUGUGUUUUGUUUAUUCAGACAGUGGGUGCAAGGGUGGUUUUGGCGGGAGGCUGGAAAGUGACAGCGCUGGGAGGCGCCGAAGGACCGCCCUCUUUUACAUAAUAGCUGAUAACACUGCUGCCUUUCGUAAUUGUUGCGUGAUAACAGUACAUCGAAUAGCACAGUGCUUCCCAAAGGAUGAAGAGUAAGCUGCGAUGCUGGAAACAGUUUUUCGGGUCGGAUACAUUCAAAUCAACAGGAUGACGUUUGCUAUAGUGCUGGUGUUGGUUUGCGUGGCGGCGGCGGUGCGCGGCGGCGAGCCGGUGUUCGACCCGAGCACCCUGAUGCGGCUAGUGCUGGUGCCAGCCGACGCUGCCGUCGGUUCAGUCAUCUACCGCGUGCGCGCCUCCGAUCCAGACUUUGACUACCCGCUGCACUUUGAGCUGAUUGGUCAAAUGGGUCGACUGGACAUCGGCAUUGUAACGUUACCAUGCACUCGCUACAACUCCGUGUGCCAAGCUAACGUGGUCCUGUUGAGGAGACUGGAGCCGGGACGUUAUGUGGACUUCAGGCUCUCCGUGCGCAACACCAGGGGACGUAGCUCGCGUAUAGCCUGUUCCAUAACUGGCACCAACGCAACCACGCCCAGGGACACCAUUUUCCCGCAUCAGCCUAGCAUCAUCUUAGUACCUGAGGAUGCCAAGCGGGGAACGGACCUUGAAAUCGUUAUCGCCAGAAAGAACCCUUUGUCACCGAAACCUCUGGAACUGGAAUUAUGGGGGUCGCAGCUUUUCGCUAUUAGACAGAGAAGGGUGUCUACUGAGAACACAGAAGGCACGAUUUUCUUAGUCGGACCAUUGGACUUCGAGGCGCAAUCUAUGUACCACCUGACACUCCUCGCUGUGGAUCCAUACGUAGAACUGGGGAAGGAUACACGCAACAUCGCCGCUUUAGAAGUGGUUGUGGUAGUGCAAGAUGUGCAGGAUAUGCCGCCUGUGUUCACCACUGCGCCACCCAUCACUCAUCUGCCGCGUCAGGUGACACCAGGAGACAUGGUGGUUAAAGUCCGCGCAGAGGACGGAGACAAAGGGGCACCCAGAGUCAUCAGAUAUGGACUUGUCUCCGAAGGGAAUCCUUUCACUCCGUUCUUCAACGUCAAUGAGACUACCGGUGAAGUAACCUUAGAGAGGCCAAUAGAGGAAAUCGCAGCGAUUUCUCAUGCUGGUGCGCCCAUACUGUUGACGGUCGUAGCAGAGGAAGUCCGUCUGUCCAGGGAGGAGCCAGAAGCCAUGUCGUCCACGGUGCAGCUCGCUUUCAUACUGCCGGAAAGAGAAAACUCCCCACCAUAUUUUGAAAAUCAAUUCUACAUCACCUACUUGGAUGAGAAUGCUCCUCAAGGUACUGCGCUCACGUUCAACGAUCCGUACAUCCCUCAAGUAAAUGACAACGAUGCAGGCAAGAACGGCGUUUUCUCUCUCACUUUGAUGGGAAACAAUGGAACCUUCGAAAUAUCACCAACAGUAGCCGAGAGGCAUACGCAGUUCAUCAUCAAAGUUAGAGACAAUACCAUGCUGGACUUUGAAGCUCGCAAGUCCGUUAUAUUCCAGAUUAUGGCUCAAGAGCUUGGUCCAGCAACGAACUUGUCAGCAACCGCUAAUGUCACUGUUUACUUGAACGACGUUAACGACAAUCCUCCAGUAUUUUUGGCUCAGUCUUACGAAGUUGAAUUGCCAGAAAAUGUAACGGCUGGUACAAGAGUUGAGCAAGUACAAGCUGAUGAUGUAGAUACAGGCGCUUUUGGGAAGAUCCAAUACACUGCCAUAUUAGGAUACCUAAAUACUUCUCUAUACUUAGAUCCUUUAACAGGGGUCAUAAGCGUAGCUACAAAUAACCACGGCUUCGACCGUGAGGCGAUGCCAGACUUGCAUUUUUUAGUAGAGGCUAGAGAUAACGAUGGAGUAGGUUUAAGAGUAACAGUGCCAUUAAUUAUUAAGUUAUUAGAUGUAAAUGACAACCCACCAGAAUUUGAAAGAUCGUUAUACGAGUUUGUGCUUUCGCCAAGCUUGAACAAUUUUACUUCAACGGCGUUUGUAAAGGCAGUUGAUAAAGACGCAGAGCCACCAAAUAACAUUGUAAGAUAUGAAAUAAUACAAGGAAACAAUGAUGAAAAGUUUGCUAUAAAUACAGAAACAGGUGAACUGUAUCUUCUUCAAGCGCUUAAGCGGACGAAGAAACAAAAUGUCCCUAGACAAAAACGUCAGCUAGAUUCGCAACAAGAAAGCGAAGUCUUCAGUUUGACCGUUCGAGCUUAUGACUUGGGUGUACCUAGUUUAUCUUCCACCACCAAUGUGAAGAUUUAUCCACCCGAAAGUAAAACACGGACAAUGUCAUUUAUUGUGCCUGGUGCUAAUCCCGAUAGGCAGAAACUUGAGGAGGUUCUCAGUACUCUUUCUGGAGGAAAGGUCACUAUAAUCGAAAUUAAACCUUAUAAGGGCGAUAACGGUGCUACUGAUUUGAUCGGACAAGAAUUUAGUCAAGAAAAGAGUGAAGUAAUAGCCAUUGUCAGAAUGUCAGGAAACUCCGCUAUUAAUGUAGCUAAACUUCAAGAACAGUUAGCCAAGAAUAUGACGAUAUAUAACACUGGAAGCGGCAUUGCCAAUAAUGGAAAUACUGGUGGAAAUACAAACAAUGGAAAUAAUGGUGCCAAUAAUGGCAAUUUGGGUACAAAUACUUGGAACACUGGUGCAAACCCUGGAACUCCGGUAAUAAAUCCUGGAAACGUAGGCACAAAUACUGGAAAUACUGGUCUUAAUAACGGAAAUAUUGGUAGUAACACUGGCAAUCCCGGUACUAAUGUAAAUACUUACCCGGGAACACACAAUGUUAACGCAAGUCCAGGGAAUAAUGGAGGAACAGGUCAGGUUGAUCAUGCAGCGACAGCUGAUAAUGGCGAUUCUAACCUUUACCGAGCCGAGAGUCGCCUGUUAUUCUGGUUGUUGAUAUUGUUAGCGAUAUUAGUAGCAAUCGUAUUGCUACUUCUAAUUUGCUGUUGCAUAUGUGAGGGUUGCCCAUUAUAUAUGCCACCAAGGAAAAGAGUGAUCCGUGUCAACUCCACAGAAGACGACGUGCGUUUAGUGGUACACGACAAGGGAGUUGGCAGGGAAAACAAAUCGACGCAAAAUUUAGAAAAUAAGUCUGUACAAGCUACCGAGUGGCGUAGAAGAGAGGCGUGGAGCGCUGAACAAGCAGACUUGAGGACAAAACCGACUCAGUGGAAAUUCAAUAAAAGAAAUUACAGAUCAAAAGAACUUUCUAAACCCGCUUCAAUACCCGGUGACAUACAUCAGGAAUUCGUACAUGCAGCCGAAGAUAACGACUAUAAAUACAAUGAUGCAAGGCAAUCUUUUCGUGCAAGAGAUGGUCCAAACAUAAUUUAUACAAAAGAAAUGCAAAUUCAAAAAUCCUUCGCAAACAAACAUAAAGAAUACAUAGAAGAUCUGGAAAACGGUUAUGAUCGGAUUGCUACUUUGCAUUAUCAUAAAAGAGAUCAAGAUAGUGAUUCUAUGCAAAGACACGAAUUAGACCGUGGUUCAGAAGUCGGAGUCUUUCUCAAGUCUGAAGAUAAAAACAUCAAUGAUAAAAUAGAAAAUAACAAAAAAGAACAGAAAGACAAGCAAAGAGCUCCAUCUUCCCUUGAAAGAGACCAAUAUUUCAUAAAAGAAGGAAACACGGAAAUUUUAAGACUGGUUACUAGAGGGAAAGGUGAAGAAGAAAGAUACGUGAAUCUUCCUAUACAUCAACAAAGACCAGUAACGCUUAUUCCACACACUCAGUAUGUCGUAGUUGAUAGUGGGAAAGAUUUGCUUAUGGAAAGAUUUAUUAGAGAGCAAGGUGAAGAAGCUAAAAAUAUUCGUGAGAAAAUGGGUAAAUCUACUGAUAUGGAUAGUGUGUCAAAUGGAAAGGAAGGUAAAAAUUUUGGUCAAAGAUCUCGUCGUGGUAGCGAAACACACAAUCAAUUCCAUGAUUACUUAAACAUUCCUCCAGAGGUACCUGGUGUGGUUCCAUUAAAAACUGAUUAUUUACAGUCGGCUUUAUUAGAAAUGCAAAACAAAUCUACUAUACAUCAAGAACUAUUAGAAUCAUCUUUGAGAAAACAAAAUGAACUGUUACAUCAAAUUUUGAUAGAACGUGAAAGAAUGCUUCAAAACCAAGAAACUGCCUCACAAGUUGAAAGUAAACUAGAAACGCAAAGUCUCCCUGGACAGUCGGUAAUGGCUACCCAAACAGAAUGUCAUAUAGGAACACAAACAGAGCCAAUUGUACUCAAACCAACUCGCAGAAAAGCAAGAAGUGAUAAUGACUCAUAUAGUGAAGAUGAAUCUCAAAUAUUAGAAGAUGAAAAUAAAAAAGUCGCAUGGGUGAAGAAGAAAAAACCGAAAAAGAAAAUAAAAUAUAAAGAUCCAAGGCGAAGUAUCAGAAUCUAUGAUUUGAAACGCAAAAUAAAAACACCGAUUAUUGAAGAAAGUGAAGUUUCUCCUUCUUUAGAUAGUGAAAAACACGUAAAAAUAAGUAAAACUAAUGAAAGAGAGGAGCACGUAAAAAAUUAUGGAGAUAUCACAAAAAGCAUAGUAACAACUUCAAAAAAUGAAACUGUGUGCUCAACGCAAAUCAAAUCAUCUGAUGCAGAGAGAAAAUCAAAAUUAAAAAAGGAAAUAUUAAUGGAAAUAUCUGAUUCUCUCGAGGAAAAGAUAGAAUCAGAUUCACGAGACAGAAAACGCAUACAACGACAAAAUCAUAUUGAAGAGCAAUUGGCCUUAGAACAUAAAAGUAGUGAAGAGAUCAAAAGCAGAAGUAGUUCUGCGUCACUCAAAGAUAAUCGAAAUUUGGUAUUUUCUAGGCAAGGGUCUUCAACUGAAGCCCGUGAACUAGCUGACCAAAUAUCUAAUAUAAAAACUACCGAUUUAGAUUAUAUAGCUCCCAUGGGAGAAAGUAUAAGUCAAACCGAUUCAAGUGCUAAAAAAACAGACGCUAACACUGAAUCAACAAAAUCACCAGAAAAUUCUAAAACGGUACAGAAAAGCCUACCUAGAUAUAUGCAAUGGUAUGGUAAAAAAGGAACUAAUUCUAAACAAUUAGGAGCCGAUAAAGUAACUCCUCAAAAGUCAACUGUCACCGAUAAAAUACCCCCAUCAAAACCAAAACGACCAUCAAAAACAAAAAACGAACAGGAUAAAGACAUUAAAGAAGACAAAACGGGUCGGUAUGGCAAAAUCAUAAGUAGAGAUCAAAAUGAUAAUUCUGAAGCAAAAAAAAACGCCAAACUAAAAGAAAAUGAAUUCAUACAUCCGCGGUUAUUAAAAGAAGAAAAAGUGACGCCUGUGCCUGAAGGUCCUUAUCCUGAUGUUCAUCCUUUACUCCAACACUCUGAGCAUAGAUAUGAACGUCAAUACGAAAAUCAAAAUCCUCUUUGUCACAUACAGCCAACUCACAUACCGAAAUAUUUAGGAGGACAGCCAAAUAUUCCUGUUUUACCUAAGAGAACAUCUGUUGAACAACAGCCGAUAUAUGUUAAUCAAGAUGACGUUAAGAAAAAAGAUACAAAGCAGAUCUCUGAAAGUGCACUAACACAUAGUAUAUCGAUUUCAACAAGUUAUGACGAAGACCGCAAAAAUACACCAGAAGUACACGUUUCUAAAAUUAACAUCGGAGGAGAUGUAUCUGAAAUCAAUAGAAGUGUGACUACCAACAUAGACGACAAUGAUUCUGGAAUAGCAAUGAAUACGCUUGUACAAACUGGGAAUAUCAAGAGGCUACCCAUAACUGAGAAGAAAAGCAUCUUUACUAUUGCUUAUGAUGAAGUUCAAACUAAACAGCUAAGACCAGAUAGUAGCUCUACGUCUUAUUAAUUUUAGAUACGAUUUAUAUUUAAAAACAAUGUGUGCCUUACAAAUUGUUGCAUGCUUUGUUAAUUUGAUUCCGUCCAUUUUUAAGAACGAUGUAAAUAAAUAGAAUUUAGUACUUUUUAUGAAUAGUGUAAAAAUCAACUGCCUUUAUUUGAUGACUGGUAUUAAUAAUUUAGAAAUAUUUUUUGUAAAUAUAUCACUUGUUUAAAUAAAUGAUUAAGGCAAAUGAUAAUUAUUUAAAUUAAUUUUAGCUUUAAAUAAAAUCUAUUGUAAAUAACUUUUAUUGAUCCCACUUUAAACAAUACUGAUGCAGUAUGUCAUUCUAUAUUUGUUAUAAAAUAUAAAGUUAUAAUUAUAUACAUAUUGUGUAUUUAUUUUUAUCUUUGUUCGGAUGAUGAGCUCUGGAUUGGAGAGGAUUUAUUUCAAGUAAAAAAACAUUAAUUAUUAUGAUACAAAAAUCGAAAACUCACGCUGAAUAUAAUUACUCUCUAAUAGCAGUUAGAUAGCAUUUGAAAAGUAAUCCAUUUAUCUAUAAAUUGAGUGAUUAGAAAAUCGUGAGCGACUACCAAUGACCGUUCCGAAUUUAGAACAGGAAAUACCCAACCUAAUUUCAGUCAGUUAUCAAUUCCCUAAAACCUUUAAUAAAAAUGAGCAGCAUAUUAUCCCACCACACCUAUGCCCUGC